UUUGAUGAUCAGAGAAUUUUCUAGUCGAAAAAGAACGAAAAAACAAUAAUAUAGAGUUUUUUAUAUUCAAAUGAACACAUCCAUCGCCUCGACUUUUAUCUAUGCUAUUCUUGCCAGCUGUCGACGGAAGCUCCAUUGAUUAACUCACUAGAACAAGCAGCGGAGAAAGAACAUUUGGCAGUGUGAACUGCGACGUUUCGUGAUCCUCAUGAAAACAUUGUUAAGACUGAAUUUGUUUCUCAUUUCGGAAGUAUGGCCUUUCCCUUGGCUCUUCGUCUUCUCAGCUACCCACUUUAGCUUGAUGGGAUUCGUUUUAUUGAUGAUAAUGGACAUUAGAGUAUAACUGCUAUCAAGGAAAACAAACGCUGACCAAAGACGAGUGUAAGGAUUUUUGGAACAAUGGGUGACAUCGAAUACGAUCAACAGAAUCCAAGAGAGCUCAUAAAAUGUGUUCUGAUCGGCGACUCAGGCGUUGGAAAGACAAAGUUGAUUCUCGCUGAAGCGACUGGUGUUGGCAUGAAAAUGGGCACAACGGCCCGUCAUUUCCACUAUCCAUCAGUGUUUGCUAUCGACCAGUAUCACGUAUCCCAAGAAAUCCGAGACAGGGCAAACGUUGUGGUCGAUGGUGUGGAUGUUGCCCUCAGAUUAUGGGAUACAUUUGGUGAUCAUGGCAUGAACAGAAAAUUUGCAUAUCAGAACGCCCAUGUCAUCAUGUUGUGUUUCAACAUCAGUUCUCCUAGUUCUUUUAAAAAUGUCAAUGCCCUAUGGUAUCCAGAAAUUAAAAAAUUUUGCCCACGGAUACCCAUAAUACUCGUUGGAACCCAUUCGGAUUGGCGCUGUCAAUCAAGUUCCACAGUUAUGAUUAAAGAUAACUGCAGUSUGUCGAAACGGAUGCAGGAAUGUGUAUUAGUUUCACCAGACAUGGGCCGACAGGUUGCCAAGGAGAUUGGUGCCACAUACUAUGAAACGAGUGUCGUCACUAUGUGGGGAGUAAAAGAGAUUUUUGAAAAUGCAAUAAGGGCUGCAUUGAUUGCCAGACGACAGACAAGAUUUUGGUCUUCACAGCUCAAGAGAGUUUCAAAACCUCAGCUACAGCAGCCUUUCCUUCCAGAGAAAUCCAGCCUCCCAUUGGUUGAAGUACCAGUUGGUCAGUACCAACAAAAUCUCCAGGACCUACUUGAUCAUAGAGUUUGCACAGAUGUACACUUUAUUUUAGGCCAGCAUGUUAUUGAAGCGCAUUGUGCCAUCCUUGCCUGUGCUUCACCAUUGUUUAGCCAGUUGUUCUUGGCUCAUGGAUUGUUCAGUAGCCAUGCCAAGGAGUCAUACUUGCUGAAAUGUUUUGUUCAUUUUGAUGAACAUGUGGAGUUCUUUCAAAAUGGGACUGUACUCGGCAAACAGACAUUGCUACCCAGAGGCUUUACAUCCAUCAGUGUAACAAGCUAUGGAGAUCAGCAGAUUUCUAAGAUAGUAGUCGAAGUGGAUAAUUCCAUUCCAGCAAGUGCAUUUCAAGCAGUUCUAUCCUUCUUAUAUAGUUUUGACCUACCACAGGGAUGUGUUUACAAUGAGGAACUACUACAUGUUACCAGAUACCUUCAGGUUAAGAACAUGUCGGAAUACAUCAACAAUAUCCUGAAUAAAUCUGCAUACAUGAACACAGAGGUCUAUUCCAACAUCCAGAGACGUAUCCUGUUUAAUAGCAAACUACUCAUUGGGCAAAAGUGUAUGUCAGAUGUUGCUUUUGUACUCCAUGACAAAACUGUCCAUGCGCACAAGUGCUUUAUGGUGUCACAGUGUGAAAUGCUAGCCGCAAUGUUCAUGGAAGGACAUUUCAAAGAAAGUGGACACCAAGUGGUUGAACUAAAAGAUGUCAGCAGUUAUCAGACAUUUCUAGCAGUGUUGGAGUAUUUGUACACAGGACAUUGCCCAAUCCUCGUUCUUGAUGAAGCUCUUGAUGUUAUGGGCCUUGCAAACUUUUUCUGUUUACCACGAUUAGUUGCCUUCUGUGAAAAACUAAUUACCAAAGAGUUGCAGGUGAACAUGGCAUCAGAUGAGCUCUCUGUUUCUGAAGAUGUCAUUGCCUGUUUAAAAGAAGCUCAGCUGCACAAUGCUUCACAGUUGGAGGCUUGGUGCCUAUGUUAUCUGGCUACGCAUUACGUAGAGGUAUGUCAUCUACACCCAAAGGAGUUCAAAACCCUCAGUUCAGCAACCCACCAUUGCUUGAGCAAGCAGCGUUGGCCACCUGUAUGGUACCUGCUUGAGAAUGAGUGGUACGAGAAAGCCAAGCGAGAAAUUGAUCAGCAAGAGAAGAACAAAAGACUAUUAAAGUCAUACGUUAAAGGCAAGAGGAAAAAGUGUCGCUGUCUCAAGCUUGGCCGUUGAAAAUGAUUAUGUCGUAAGAUGACUGUUUCAACAUCCUAAAGUAUGGAUGCUUUGAUCUCCAGCAGAGGAGUAUUAGGUCUUUACUUUCCAAGGGAGAUUACAUAAGAUAUUCGAGCAUAAGUUUCCAUCUGUGGGGGAAGAUGAUGUUAUAUUCCAAAGCAAAAGAAGAUCAUUAAAAUAGACCACUGUAGAGUUAUACUAGGUAGGGCAAAGUACUCAAAUGCAGUGAAAUCCCCUCAUUUGCAAAGCUUUUGAAUAGGCUAGACUGCUUAUUUGUAGUCUGUCAAAGAUAGUGGCAUUAUCUUGCCAACUCCUUUGGCUAUCUAGUUCAGUGCCAGUCUAUUAGAUAGAUCGCAUUGCAAGCCACAUAUUUAUAGAUUACCAAGGUGAAUUCCUAAAGGACAGAUGCUUAUCACCAGUACUACUAGAGGACCUUAUUCAAGGGGGUAUCCAUGUCCUCUGAACAGGGCCUCAAAACAACAACAACGCUGCUUAUUGUCCACAGUAGCAGGGUGUCUGCAUUAAGUGGAUAUCCAUAAUCUACUGUGUAAAUUAUUGGUAUUGGUCAAUAAUAUAGUGAUCUUAACCUACCAAUAGCUUGCUAACCAACAACAUAGUGAUCUUAACGGUUAUUGUAAUUUGUAUUUUAUAAAAGAAAUUUAAAAACUUGCUUGCUGUGCUGUGUGCAGUUAUAAAGCACUUGGGGAUUGGCAUAACACUCGAGAACUAUUGAGAAGCACUCCACUAUGCAUCGUGCUUCUCCUCAUACUUCUCUCGUAUUCUGCCAACCCCCGCAUGCUUUAUAACUGCACACAGCAAGUGCGUGCAUUAUCUAUUUCUUCAGUAUAACAGCGUAAUCACAAAAGUGAUGUAUCUAUUAAAUAUAACUUCCUAGAGUUUUAACCAGUGAAACAAAAAAAUUACUUGGUAUGAUGGUCAAUAAGACAAAACAAAAUAUCAAUAAGAUGUAGUAACCACGAUAUUAGCAGGGAAAGGGACAUUUGGAUCCCUGAAGACAAUCUGUGGUCAGAGAUCUAAAUGUCAAUAAGCAUUUAAAAAGUCAAAGAAAACAAGUAAAAUAUUCAUUCCAGCAGUAUGUAGUGAUUUCAA